GCCAUGCUGUCCGACGUGGGUCUCCUACGAGCGCUUCAGGAGUACAAGAAGGAUGAGAUGAAGGAGAAGCAGAUCAAGCGCAUCCGAGAUUACCUGGGCAAGGAGAAGGAUGUGUUUGAGGGUGAGAAGAUGAAGUCCGUGUCGAGGGCUGGCUAUGGCUUGCUUCAGUGGGUACUUGCCAUGGUCAAGUACUACGAGGUGGCCAGGGGUGUCGCCCCUAAGCGUGAGCUUGUGAACAAACUUCAGCAGAAGAAGGAAGAGGCCGAAGAGAACCUCAAGAACAUCAACAAAGAGCUGAAGGAGCUGGCUGAGAACUUGGAGAUCGUGACGCAGGAGCGGCAGGUGCAAAGCGACAAGCUGAAGCAGCUGAAAGAGGAUGCAGACACUAUGACUCGGCGCUUGAACGCUGCCUCCCAACUGAUCGAAGGUCUGGGCUCCGAGCGAAAGCGAUGGACCGAAGAUCUCCAGAAGAUGGGCGAGGUCAAGAAGAGGUUGGUCGGCGACUGCUUGCUCAACGCGGCCUUUGUGAGCUACGCCGGGCCGUUCAACCACGAGUUCCGCAAG